AAGGAAGCAAAGCUCAUGCGCUGGCACGCAGAAAGAAAGGAGGCAGUGUUGAAUGAUAAAGAGCGGAUUGAGCACCCAGUGCUGACGCACCCUUCGGAUGCAAGCCAGUGGAAAGCAUUAGACAAUGAAUUCGGAAGUUUUGGGGCAGAUCCCAGAAACAUCAGGUUGGGUGCGAGCACGGACGGAUUCAAUCCGUUCGGAAACCAGAGCAGCACACAUAGCACAUGGCCCGUGUUUGUAUGGAUCUACAACCUCCCGCCCUGGCUGUGCAUGAAGAGGAAGUACAUACAGAUGAGUAUGCUAAUUCAAGGGCCGACACAGCCAGGAAACGAUAUCAACAUGUAUCUCGAACUAUUAAAGGAGGAGCUUGAAACGUUGUGGGCGGAGGAAGGGGUAGAUACAUGGGACGCCGUCGCGGAAGAAUAUUUCCCUUUGAGAGCCGCGUUGAUCACGACGGUGCAGGACUACCUCGGAUACGGUUACAUUUCGUGCCAGGUGUGCCAUGGACACAAGGCAUGUGUCAGGUGCAUGGAAGAGACGAUGUUUUUGCAGCUUGGUAAGGAUGGCUCUUCGAAAACAGUUUACAUGGGGCAUCGAAGGUGGCUACAGAAAACUGACCCGUGGAGAAAGCGUGGAGAUCUGUUCGAUGGUACAAAUGAACCCCGAGGACCUCCACGUAAGAAGAGCGGCGAAGAGAUCGAUACAUUACUGAAAGGUUGGAAGGAGUGCCCUGCGCCGGGAAAGAUUCGUCAAAAGCCUGGAGAGAAGAAGAAGAAAAAGGAAACGACGCCGCUCAUUGGUGUAUGGAAAAGGAGGUCCGUGUUUUGGGACUUGCCGUACUGGAAAAUUCUCGAUACACCUCACUGCCUUGAUGUCAUGCAUAUUACAAAGAACGUGUGCGAGAGCUUGCUUGGCACUCUUCUCAACAUGCCGGACCGGACCAAAGAUGGGCCGAAAGCAAGACAGGACCUGAAAGUUUUGGGCAUCAGGGAAGAGCUUCAGAUCCCGCCGGCCCAAGAGGGACAGUCGGAGGAGGAGGCGGACGGCGGUCAGAAGCGCAAAAGGAUUAAGCAGCCAGACUAUUACUGUCCCCCCUCCUGCUUCACUUUUAGUCCGGCCGAGGUCGAUCAAUUUUUCAAUUGCCUUGUAGGAGUCAGAGUGCCCUUCGGUUACUCCGGGCUAAUAAGCAGAUACCUGGACCCCAAGAAACGAAACUUCAGCGGCAUGAAGUCUCAUGACUGUCACGUGAUGAUGACGCAGAUUCUUCCGGUUGCAAUCCGAGGUAUAAUGGAU